UUUCCGGUUAAUGUAGCCUACUGACAGUAGCAUCACGCUCUUUAUUUUGACACCGGUGAGGUGGGCAUUUUCGGUGGUUUCGAGGGUGUGUAACCGUGACUGUUUCAUUUUCACAUGCCAUGCGAAACAACCUCUAGAAUUUACCGUCCAAAUGGAUUUUCUUUGCUGUGCAUAGAAAUGGGAAAAGCUUCAUCCAGUUCCCCAAGGACAAAGUAAAGAAGGUUCCGCUGGCCUUGCCCACCCGUCGCGCUGGCAGCCCUGGCAACCCAUUGCGUGGAGGAGCUCAGCCCGGGCAGCAUGGUGGCUGCCACGGUGACUGGCUCCGCUCCCAGCCCGCAGAGCGAGGCGGUGACCAAUGAGCUGCAGGAGCUGUCGCUGCAGGCCGUCCCCACCCUGCUGCCCCUCAAGGAGAGGAAGAAUGUGCUACAGCUCAAACUGCAGCAGCGACGCACACGAGAGGAGCUGGUCAGCCAAGGGAUCAUGCCUCCACUGAAGAGCCCGGCUGCUUUCCACGAGCAGAGGAGAAGUCUGGAGCGGGCACGGACGGAGGACUAUCUGAAGAGGAAGAUCCGGAGCCGUCCUGAGAGGUCGGAGCUAGUGAGAAUGCACAUACUGGAAGAGACAUCGGCCGAGCCCUCUCUGCAGGCCAAGCAGAUGAAGCUGAAAAGAGCUCGUCUGGCUGAUGACCUCAACGAUAAGCUUUCUCACCGACCAGGCCCCAUUGAGCUCAUCCACAAGAACAUCCUGCCCGUGCACACAAUCAUUGGUACGGAGUCACCAAAGGGCGACAGCUCCUCAUUGGACGAGGACAGCAGUGAUGCGCUCUCGCCUGAUCAGCCAGCCAAUCACGACUCUCCCCUCAGCUCCAGUCAGCAGCACUCGCCGCCUGAUGUGCUUAAUCUGAAUGGCAACCCAUCUCCCCCUCAGUUCCUUCCCCAAGUCCCCUUGCAGCUGAACGGCACGGACGUUCCUCCUCCACUGCCGCUGACCAAUGGGGCCUUGACAGUCACCACACCGCGUCCGGCCACGGGACAGACGAAGUCAUCGUCUAAGUCCAGCUCGGACCGGCCGUCCCAGCGGCCCAAGAAGCCCAAGGACAGCAAGCCCAAGGUGAAGAAGCUCAAGUACCACCAGUACAUCCCGCCGGACCAGAAGGCGGAUCGCGAGCCGCCGCCCCAGAUGGACUCGUCCUACGCCAAGCUGCUCCAGCAACAGCAGCUCUUCCUGCAGCUGCAGAUCAUCAGCCAGCAGCAGCAGCACUACAACUACCACACCAUCCUGCCCGCGCCGCCCAAACCCCCUACUGAGCAGCAGCAGCAGCCUCCGCCUGCUCCCCCUCCCCCAGCCAACCCUGGGCCCUCCCCGUCCCGCGCCGUGCCAACCCCCACCUCCUCCUCCACCCCCUCCAGCCACACCGGGUCCAACCGACACAGUCAGCCCCCGUCUGGCGACGCCAAGCCAAGCACCCUGCCGGCAAACCUGGACGAGUUCAAAGUUGCUGAACUCAAGCAGGAGCUCAAACUGAGGGGUCUGACCGUCUCGGGCACCAAAAACGACCUGAUUGAGAGGCUGAAGAACUACCAGGAGCAGAACGGUGGUGCCAUGGCAACUGCUCAGAAAGCUUCCCAGCCUCAGGGGCAAACGAAUGGCCUCGCGCCUGUUGUCGCACAGUCCAAGGAAGCCCCAGUGAAAAUGGGAACCAUCCCAGUUGUCAACGGCCAUGUCACUCAGAUGUCCACCAUGCCCCACGUGAUGCGCUUCAGCAGCACAAGCUCCUCCCCUCCUGUGUCUCCCGCCCCCUCUGACCGGUCAUUGGCUGGAAUGAGCCCAGACGAGACCAGCUGUAAUGGCGAUGUGUUUGGUGAAAUGGUGAGCUCCCCUCUCACUCAGCUCACCUUGCACCCGUCCCCGGAGCCCCUGGAGGCUGUGGUAAAAGAGGAGCCGCGGGGCCUCGGCCAACUCUCCAGCUGCCUCUCCUGGCCCCAGCCCCCCAACGCCGCCGCCACCGCCGGUCAGAACAAGGACCAGAUGCUGCAGGAGAAGGACAAGCAGAUCGAGGAGCUGACGCGCAUGCUGCGCCAGAAGCAGCAGCUGGUGGAGACGUUGCGCUCGCAGCUGGAGCAGGGCAAGCGGCAGCAGCAGCACCGCCGCCGCGAACAUCCCCAACGUCGUCCUCGCUGCCACCGCCGCCGAGACCCGCCUCCUCCUCAACGGCGUCCAGCUCAACGGCAUGGCCGCCAGGGUGAAGGAGGAGGCCGAGGACGAGAAGAUGGCGCUGACGACCACAGCGGUACCACAGCGAGCGCUCCUGUGGUGGCGAUGGAGACGCAGCAGACUCUGCUACAGCAGCAGCAGCAGGCGGCGCAGAGGAAGGUGCAGAUGCCGUGCUCCCAGCAGACGCUGCUCAAGCUCCAGCAAAUCCAGCGGCUGCAGGCCCAGCAGCAGCAGCAGCAGCACGUGGAGCUGCAGAGGAUAGACCUGCAGCAGCAGCAGCAGAAACUGCAGCAGCUGAUCAUACAGCAGAGACAGGCGCAGCAACAACAGCAACAACAACAACAGCAACAACAGCAACAACUACUGCAACAACAACAGCAACAACAACAGCAUCAGCAGCAUCAGAGGAAGCAGCUGAGACCUCAGAAGCAGCAGCAGAGGCAGCAAAAAAAGCAGGAGCCUCCCAAACCACAGCAGGCCCCUCAAGUGUUUGUUACCCAGCAACCCAGUACACCGGUCACAACACCCUCAAUCUCAUUGGACCUCCUCAAGGCACAUCCCGCCCCUACGUUGGUGACGGACGGCAAUGGUAACCACUAUCUGAUCACACUGACCAACAGCAACACAGACGGCCAGCUGCCCAUUUCACCUCAGAGCAAGACCAACGGCCGCAUCACUCUGCAGAGGUUACAGUCAACUCCUGUCAAGCUCCCCAGCCAAUCACCUGUACAGAUGGUCACCGGCAACAACCAGUCAAAACCGACAGAACAGAAAACUCCUGUUAAACAGCCUGUGAAAAAGAGGACCGCCCUCCAUCUACAGACCAAUGGCAUGCAGGAGCCCAGCGUGCCUGUCACUGCGCCACCCAAUCUCCAGCCUUUCUUCUUCACCAAGGACUCCUCAUUGGAUCAGACCAUCUCGCCUCCACCAAUCAAGCUGGAGGUGUGUCCGACCUUUGACCGACACACCUUGUUCACCCCUCCCUCUCCUAAACAGACCUCUCACUCCACUUCACAAAAAGAGAAUGGUUCAAGCAGCCAGCAUAUUGACGACUUGUUUGACAUCCUCAUCAAGAGUGGAGAAAUCUCCUCCAAUUUCAAAGCCAAUCCAGACCCGUCCCUUUCUGAGCUGCACUCCAACCCGCCCACCCCCUCCCCUCCCUCCUCCCCCCUCCGCCUCCCCCCCCCAACACCUCCUCCAGAGCCGUCCUCCAUCUCCUCCUCCCUCUCCUCCACCUCCUCCCUCUCCUCCUCUUCCCAGCAUGCCCUGCGGAGCGGGCGGCUGGAAGACUUCCUGGAGAGCACCACGGGCACGCCGCUGCUGGGUGUGGCCGCCGCCGACGCGGAAGGUCCGAUGACGCUCAUCGACGAGCUGCACAGCCAGAUGCUAAGCACGCCCAGCAUCCUGGACCACCCGCCCUCGCCCAUGGACAUCAGCGACAUGGGCUUCGCGCCGCACCCCGCCGGCCUAGACUUCGGGGACCCCACCCUGGACGGCAUGGACUGGCUGGACAUAUCCAUGGGUGGGGGAGGGGGCGGCGUGGGGAGCGGCAGCAUCGGAGGGAGCGGAGACGGGACGGGGAGCAGCCAUGGCGUCGGGGUCGGCGGGGGCAGUGAGAGCGCCACCAUCUUGGCGCCGCUCGGCUCGCAGACGCCCCCUAGUGUCUUCUCGGCAGACUUUUUGGACAGCUCAGACCUGCAGCUGCACUGGGACUCCUGUUUGUAGCCCCCCCUCCCCCCUCCCCCGCCCGCCCGUGAGCGCGCUUGUGUGUGUGGUCUUCACCCGCUGGCUGGCGCCAGUGCAGCCAGGACAUGGACGCGGACACGAAACCCAUCGCUGUAGGGGGGGGGACGCCAGUAUUGAGACGUGUACUCGCAAGCAAGCAGACGUUAAACACGCAUCCACAAACUGUGCACAUAUGCUGUGAAAGCCCCUGCUGGAAAUCGGCUGCAGAUGCAAAAAAAGAAAGAAAACCCAAUCGUGGAGACCCUCUCCUUCUCCCUGGCGUCCGUUCCACUGAUGGCAUAAGCACUGAGUCUUUCUCCUCCACUCCCACGGCUCCACCCCACCUGCUGCACCACCUGUAUCCAAAGACUUUGCCAACAGUCCCACGGUCCCUCCUCUCUCGUCUCUCCACCCUAAGCUACUCCUCACAUUGCAGUGCUCAGAAAGCAGUACACUCUAGCCAUGCGUAGGCUUUCUGUCAGGCAGAAAACCCUGUGAGUAGUUUCAACAUAUCUGUGGUAGGAGUUAGGCUGCUGCGGCAGAUCUAAGAUGAAUUGGCAAAGAAGAGAGGAAAUUCCACAAAUGUAAUACCAAAGGCAGUGUCACUUUUCAAUGAGCAUAGUGUGUGUUUUUUUAAAAAUAGCAAAAUCUAUACCAUCUAUGCUGAUUUUCCAGAUAUCAACACACCAAUAGUUGUUGUCAUCUAGCUACCCUUCUUGGUUAAAUUGCUGAACACUGCAACUGAGCCUGGUUGCCUGCAGUUGUGUGGUUGGACAUAAAGAACAUGUCCGCCUGGUCCCAGUAAAUGAAAUCUCAUGGUCAGCGCUGCAUGGCUUCUCCAUAAAAGACAGGGGUCAUCACCGUCAGCUAUUUUCCCUUUUUAUUGCUGGUAAUUGGUCAGGUCAGAUGUGCCUUACAGUGUAAGGCAUCACAGUACUGGACAUAAAAACAGUCAGCCGGUGUUUUACAGUUUUGAGGUUGUGUACAUUCAACAAUUAUAUUUUAAAUAUCACCAUGGUAACCGAGGUUGCCCUGUCUCUCAUGCGCUGGGUCCAAGUUGGGCUUCUGUCACUGUUGUACUGCUGUGCCCUUGUUCUUGUGUAUUAGCACUGAGUUUAUCCUUUCUCUGUUUCUCUUCCUUCCAUUCUUUCUUUCUUUUCUUUCUUUCUUUCUUUCUUUCUUUAUUUCUUCCUUCCCUUCUUCCUCUAUAUUUCUCUCUCUUUCUAUCUCUUUGUCAUUGACUAUAAUGUUGGUGGAAUCUCUCAGUGUAUCAGUUCUUCCAACUUUGCACUUAAGACUACCUGAACUGGUACCCUUGUAUCGGGACGGGGCUUUCAAAUACACACAGCCUCCUGGGAAUUUGGUUUGGUGAUGUUCAUCAGAUCACUAUGCAUUGCUAUUUGGGGUAUAUAUUAUAAGUUGGGCUUUUUCUUUCUUCUCCCCUUGAUUGUAUAGUUUUAGCAGGUGGAGAUUUGAGCUGGGCUUCCAGGUCAAAAAUAUUUGAACCUUGUAAUUUUUUUAAAAGAAUUAAAAAAAAAUUAAAAAAUGACCAAAUAUGAAAUGGG